AUGAGGACUUCGCUGUUCUUGCUGGCUGCUUUUGUGGUGCCAGUUCUUUGCGACACAUUCUCUCAGUUUCAAUACUUCUUCCCCGAGUGGUCAAAAGAGUUGACCUAUAUCCGAGACAACAACUGCUCCGAUGACUAUGCCGCGUACAUUGACCCCGAUAAGCCCCGGAUACACCAUGAUCCGUCAGGCUAUACUCCAAUAAACUUCAACGGUUACUACCUGGCCAAUUGUAUCCUAGACAACAUGGACGAAUUCCAAAAGGCGGAAAUGGGUGUCGUGGCAGUGGUUCUCGGUCUGCUUCCAACCCUUCUGACAAUGAUUGGACCAACAAGAGAUGAGGUCAGCCUGCUGGCUCUUCGACGGCCGGUCCUGGCUGGCUUGCUUUCUCUUUCGCAGCCAGUUCUACGUCAGGCCGAUGCAAAGAGUAGCCCUUGGGAAAAUCUGGAUGUGCCACACGUCCUACGUAUCCUACCUUUUCUAUCCCGACCAGAUUCCUGGUGGGAAAUCAUGCUCUUGGCAAUAGAGUACGUCACGGCGAUGGGCGCCGUAGCCAAUCUGGUAUACCUAGGGGUGCAGCUGGCAUACAAGUCCAUCACAGUGUCAACGAUAGCCUUCAACACUCUUCCGUCGACCUACGGCACGCUGUUGUGGCUCAUACUCAUGGUGGCCAUCAACCUGCUGAGCACUCUGGACUUGUGGCUCCGAUGCCGAAUGGGAAGGGAAGAACCGCCAAGCGGAACGCCUCACAGCUGGCUCUCCAUACAGCUGGCGCCGCGCAUCACUGUGCACAACCCAAAGGCCCUGAUGACGGUGCAUGAUGUAGAGACAACGCCUCGGUUUUCCGCCACGAUUUAUGCCUUGCAGAAGCUCAUGUCGUUUCUAGCAGACAUGGGCGUCGUCGCCUUGUUCAUUUAUGCUACAAUCAUCAUGUCCAGUCAGCUAUUCAUCUCCAUGUGGGAUGCCGUCAAGCUCAUGGCCCAGAUACUGGCCGGCGCCAUGGCAUCUAAACUCGUGCUGAGAUUUGAGCUCCAUGGCAUGCACGCAAGGCAAACUGGGGCAAGUCGCCCUCCUCAUGUAGAAACAUAA